AGUGUUAUCCUUGGUUUUCAUCGAUUGAGACUCGCUGGUCUCUGACUGUACUGUUUCUUUAUGUCAGUCAGAGAAAGACAAGAUUUAAUUCGGGGGAGGGGCGUGGAUCGCCGCCAAUGAUGGACCUAGCUCCCCCCGCGGGCCCCUCCCUCAUCUGGGCGAUCGUAUGAAAUAUCCAGGGACGCGCGCGACGUCCGUGUGGGAUCGAUCUUAUGUAAUCAUUGACAUUGUGAGACCUGUAAGUUCGGACGGCUGGCGGGAAUUUACGUCCAAUAAACAUUCAAUAUUCUAUUUUCUUCGUCAAGGAGGUAGAUAUUUCACUCAGUCAAAAUGGGCUGGAAGUUGACAUUGUUCAUCGUUUUGUCCGCAGUUGCUGUUGGGUAUAUCAUUCACAUUACCUUGAACCCGCCAUUGAAAGCCGCGCCGCCCUCAGACAUCGGAGACGGGUGGUGGGGUCGAGGCCUGCCUGAAGUCUCGGGGAGCAAACAGGACACCUCCGUUCGCAAGUUCCGUGUGAAUGUGUCGGAUGAUGUGCUGAAUGAUUUGGAUGCCCGGCUUCGGAAUACUCGUUUUGUAGACCGCGUAGAAGACGCUGCUUUUCAUUAUGGCUUUGAUUCUGAUUAUAUGAAACAGGUCCAGAGAUAUUGGCUUGAGAGAUAUAGUUGGAGGGAUGCAGAGAAGAGGUUGAAUCAGUUUGAUCAGUUCCUGACCAAUAUCGAGGGUAUCGAUGUUCAUUUCGUCCAUGUUAAACCUAAGCUAAAGCCUGGACAGAAGGCUAAGCCUAUCAUCAUCGUCCAUGGGUGGCCAGGAUCAAUUUAUGAAUUCUACAAGAUGAUCCCAAUGUUGACUGACCCUUUGAGCCAUGGAGGGUCAGCUGAGGAUAUCUUUGAGGUCAUUUGUCCAAGUAUUCCUGGUUAUGGAUUCUCUGAAGCACCUCACAAACAAGGUUUUGCAGCUUACGCUGCAGCAGGAAUCUUUAACAAGCUGAUGCUUCGCCUUGGCUUUGAUAAGUACUAUGUUCAAGGGGGCGACUGGGGAAGUAUCAUUACACUUAACAUGGCCAUCAUGCAUCCAAGCAACGUGAAAGGAUACCAUGCCAACAUGGGUGCCCAGUCCAACCUGAAGUCGUUCCUGUACCCCAUCCUAGGCCAGUACCUCCCUUCAAUCUUCCUCCCUGACAAGAGAGACCAAGAACGGCUCUUACCAGUUAUGGAUAGGAUGGUCACUCUGCUUCAAGAGUCGGGUUACAUGCAUAUACAGGCUACAAAGCCUCAGACAGCAGGACAGGGAGUCAAUGAUUCACCGAUUGGACUGGCCGCCUACAUCCUGGAGAAAUUCUCGACAUGGACUAUACCAGAAUGGCGUGACUUACCGGAUGGUGGACUGACCAAGUUCUUUACUCUGGAUGACCUAUUGACCAAUGUGAUGAUUUAUUGGGUCAACGGGAACAUCGCAUCUUCCAUGAGGUUGUACAAAGAAGAGCUUGGAGGAAAUUCAAAGAAGUAUCAUGAAAUCUAUGCCAACCUGGUUCCUAUGGGCUACGCAGCUUUCCCCAAUGAACUCUUCUAUAAUAUAGAGGCGGUCACCAAGCACUACAACCCUAACCUGAUGAGUUUCAAUUACAUGCCCCGAGGUGGACACUUCGCUGCUUUCGAAGAACCUCAGCUCCUGGCGGAAGACAUCAGGCAGUUUGUCCGAAAGGUGGAAGCCCUAUAAAGGGUGUUGAAUUGAAAUUCUUCCAAACAUCCUGAUACCAUUUGUUUAAAUCAAGAAAUUAUUGGACAAAAUUUUAUGGCAUCAGGAAAUUCUUUCAUAAAGUGGAGGUAUUCUAGAGGACUGUCUUCCAAAACUUUUUCCAAAAGUCAUGAUACUAAUCGAUUAGAAUAAGACAGAUAUUUGAUAGAAUUAUGUGCAUUGAUUUGGCAGUUGGUUCGCAAGCUGGAGAUCAUCUAGAGGUCUUUUUAAACUGAAUCUGUGCCAAAAACUCUGAUACCAGUUGAUUUAAAUCAAUUAAUGUUUGACAAAAGUUUGUGGCUUCUUUCAAAAAGUGGAGGCCCUUUAAAGGGCAGUCUUCCAAACCUCCUCCUAAAUCAUGAUGCCUUUGAUUAGAAUAAAAAUAUAUAUUUGAUAAAAUUAUGUGGCAUUGAUUGAACAGGUGGUCUAUAAGCUGGAGGCCCUCUCAUCGGCACUACUGAAAUUCUUCCAUAAAUUCUGUUACAAUUUGAUCAAAAUCAAUGAACUUUUUCCAAAAAGUGGAGGCCCAUAACAAGGUGGUCUUCAAAACUCUUCUAGUAAUCAUGAUAGUAUUUGAAUGGGAUGAAAAAUAUAUAUGUGAUAUAAUUAUUUUGCAUUUAUUAAAAAUCAUUGAAUACUUUUCAAAUUAUAUGGUAUCAUGUACUGUGUCCUCAAGAUGGGGGUCUUCCGGAAGGUCUCAACCAAACCAUCCCAACCAUCUUUAUACCAUUUUAUUAACAUCAAUUAUCAUUUGACAAAAUCAUGUGGCAACAGGCAGUGUGUUGACACUGCUAACAUCAAAGCCACAUUAAAUAACACUGCCAUGAAUAUUAACUGCCAUUGAAUUCUUGAUUUCAAUCAACUGUUUAGCUCUGGUGCUUCAGUGAUUACUACUGAUUGCAAAUUUAUCUUGGACCCUGUUCUCAUUGGUUCCAUGACAUGUACUUCUGUGAUAAUAUUCUCCGCUGUAAUUUCCUCACAAUAAUAAAAUCAAUAAAUUCAACCCUGGUGGGUGUUUCAUAAAGCUGUUCGUAAGAUACAAAUGUCUUUACGCACGACUGGUGAUCCUUUCUUGUGCUAUGUGAUAUCCCUACAUAAUAGAGCUAUGAUCUAAGAACAUGUUCCAGUCGUGCGUAAAGUCAUUCGUAACUUUACGAGCAGCUUUAUGAAACACCCACCUGGAUUUAAUACUAUACCCUAUCCUAAACCUACCACAUCAUUGACUUCCAUUACUGCAGUUCUUCACUAUUUCUUCUUGAUCCACAACACGGUGCACCAUCCAUUGGUUUCAGCGGACAGGCCAAAAUUUGCAAUGCCUCACGGGAAAUAGUCGAAAUCUGUUGCACGUGCUACUACAUGUACUAUAGUACAUGCAUGCAUGCAUCUGAUUAUUAAGCGCUGGCUGACGUGGCUCGACUGGAUAUGCUGUUUACUAGGAUCCAGGAGGUGGGAGAGAAAUUUGCCCGCAUAUUUCUUUGCGAAAUUUAGACCAUUUUUGGUGAAUUCUUGCCACAUGGUUUUCAUUUUUGAAGCAUCCGAGUCACAUUCCUGUACUGUGCACUGGCUGCACCCGUGCGCGAUGUCGACCCCCAACUAAGUUAGAAAUUUGGCCUGCUCACUGCAACCGAUAAAUGGCAUAUUAUAUUGUGAAUCCACCGAAUUCAUGUUGUACUAAAGCGAUUUGGGGUCAUGUAUGUUGCACCAAAGAAAUAUAUGAAACUGAGGUUCUUGGUCAGUUAUUAAAUUAACAAGCAAUUGAUUUCGUUAAAUGAUUUAUUGACAUCACUAUAAUGUUUUGUUUCCUUUUUUUACUUUGAUACAAAGAAGUAUUGAAAUUUCAAUAUGAAUUCUUGUAGCCAUUGAAGAGUUACACAACUACUUCAUGCAUAAGAUGUUGAUUUGAACAAACUAACAGAGAAAAAUUAAAAAAAAUAUGCAACACUGAAAUUUCAACAAAAUCAGACAGUUCAGUGGUGGCCGCAGAAACGUUGGUUAGCCUAACAGUAAGCCCAGUCACAUCUUUUGGAUUGUGAAGUCAAAACAUUCAUUUCAAUGUGUAAGUAGUACAUCGUUGUAACAUUAGGAUUCGCUGCCACAAUGCCGGUUGUAACAGGGCCUAUGUUAGUGCAUUGUUAGCACUAACAACAUGUCUGUGCUGUCAGUACUGGGCCCGUUUUACAAAGAGCUACGAUUGAUCCAAUCAAUCGUAACUAUGGAAAUCCAUCAGUGUCAUGAAUUUUUUUACAGGAAAAAAAUCUGCACAAUGUCUUUUGAAAACAAAGAGCACAGUGAAUUUUUAAGAAAAAAAUAAAUGCAUGAAUAUACAUCAUAGCUAGAAAACGUUUUGAACAAACAUGAUUGAUAGAUGUUGAUGUUACUGGCUGUCUAUAGUUGCAAUUGAUUGGAUCAAUCGCAACUCUUUGUAAGACGGGGCCCUGGCCUUUUAGAUUUUGCACAUUUCCACAAAACUGUUAUGCACAUCCUGGGACCCAUUUCCUACUUGUUAUAAUAACAAAUGCAGUCUCUGUAUAUGAUCAGCCAAUGAAAUUGAUUGAUUUCAGUAGCUUUAAACUGUAAUUGGAAAUUUGUCAUUAUAACAUGUUUUGUAAAACAGGCCCCUGAUCAGUAUGCAAAUGAGGGAGUCAUUGCUGUUACACACUCACUCUUCUUUUCUAUUUUAUCAUUUAAAAUCUCAAAUAAUUCAUUAUUUUAGAGUAGAUUUGGUGAUGAAGAAGAUUUGAAUAAUGAUUUUACAUGGUCAUUUUGAUAAACCCAAAUGUACUGUAGCUAUGAAAGUUACCAGCCAUGAUUCAUGUUGAUUUUAAUAGGGAUUUGAGGCCCUGUCACAUCUUCCCAUGCAAGCCUCGCAGGUGAUUGCCCGCAACUCGCCCGCAACAAACUUUUUAGCAUGUUCCAAAGUUAUCUGCGUGCAAAUUAGACUUGCGUGUGCUCCUGCGGGCAACUGCGUGCAAGAUACUGUCAAUGCGGGUGACCUGAGGGUAGCAAAAAUCGUUACCGUAACUCGAUCACGCAAGGCUUGCACGUAACGAUGUGACCGAGCCUUUAUGUCCCAAAUGGCUCGAAUUUAUAAAGGUGGUUUCAUUUGUACCAUGGUACUAAGUCAUUGAGUGUGCAGAUAAUUACACUAUUUCAUUGCAUACACUAAGAUAACUCCAAUUAUACAUGCACACUAUUGGCAAAGGCUAUGCUUGAAUGAAGCGUGAUAAUGAAUUGUCAUGGUCUUGUACCUUAGCAUAAUGGAAACUACAUUUGUAAAUUUGGGCCUAUUAGUGCCUGUUUGUGUGAUAAUGAUGUAUAUGAUAGAUAACAGAUUUUAUACUUGAUGUACAAGAUGGAUGUAAUCCACAUAAUUGAUAUUUUGAUAUUUGAAUAAUAAAUGAAUCAUGGAUUUAUUUUACUAAUAUACAUAAA